GUAAAUAUAACCGGUAGAUCAGCACAAUUUGUUAGUAAGGUAGGAAACUCAGUUGUCUUACAAAAUGAAAACAUUCUUGUUUUUGGUUUUCGUAAUGGCCGUAGCUGGUCAGGCUGUGGAAGCUCAUAAUGUUCACCUAUCUCAAGCUCAAAAAGAGAAGGCACAACAGUAUACAGUAGAAUGUCAGAAGGAGACGGGUGUUAAACCAGAGCUGCUAUUGGAAGCUAAGCAAGGCAAAUUGAGUGAUGAUGAUGCACUGAAAAAGUUUACUCUUUGCUUCUUUAAAAAAUCUGGUAUUGUAGAUGACGAAGGAAAAUUGAAUGUUGAGACGGCCUUAUCUAAGUUACCUGAAGGUGUUGAUAAAGCAGAUGCUAAGAAAUUGUUAGAAGAAUGUAGAAAGAAGACAGGGAAAGACGCUGCUGAUACCGCUUUUGCAAUAUUGAAGUGUUAUUCUCAGGGUACGAAGACGCACGUUUUGUUUUAAAAGAUUUGUAAUAUUUUAUUAUGUAAUUUAAUGUCGCAAGUUAUAAAAGUUGUUUUUAAACAGUCACAACAAAUCUUUAAAGAUUAAAAAUAUAAAAUUAGCAAUAGACGAAUGAUUGUGUAUUUAAAAAAUGGUCUUUUUGCUUGUUGACGUAAUUGAUGAAGACUAUUUAUGUUUUGUUAUAACACAGGUUCAAAAUUACCUUGCAUUUGUUGACAUUUAUUAUUUGUUAUAAAUUUGUUUAAUUUAUUUUAAAUAAAUAUUAUGCUUGUAUAAAAUAAGUAAAUUAUUAUUUAAUAAACUACAUAAUGAAAUUAGAAAUACAUUUUGUAAUAUUUAAAAUA